GGGGGAAGGUCGGCCGAUCUCUCCGCCGCCCGUGGGCACCCCCGACUCGCAAGGGCACGCGCGCUCCUCGCAGGAAUCCCGGCGGAGGGGCGGGGGAGGAGAGGCGGGGGUGGGGAGCGCGCGGCGGGCUGCGGUCCGUCUCGCACGCGCGGGCCCCGCGCCGGUCCCGGACUGCCGGUCUCCCAGGCGAUGGCAUCCGAGACCUUAAACAAAGGGGGCCGCCGCCGCCGGCGCGAAGCGGCUGCGGAAAGUCGCGGUGGCUGAUUUCCAAGGAGCGUGGCUGCGACCCGGGCUUUCGGCGCCGCGAGCUCCCUCUUCCCACCCCCGCCUCGGUAGGGACGGGAGACGGCCAGAGGAGGGAGAAGGGAACUUUGAAACCGCUGGGGACACGGCUGCCUAUAGGUAUUAGCGUGAAUGGCGCGUCCUUGCCGCGCGCGGUACCAAUCUCCGGGAUGCGGUGGGGGAAGGGGAGGGCGGCACAACGCAGUGCCAGGUGGACUGUGGAGGUUGCUAUUUUUCGCGAUUUUUCCCUCUACGAUCUCCUUGUGACUCCCUCCCUCCCCUGCCUGGCCCCCCUACCUCACCCCCGCCGUCUCUCCCUUUUCUUCUCCCCACCCCCCCCCACCCCCCCGCCUUCCCAGACCUAUCGCGCUGCCCAGAGCCCAGGAGGGAUGGCCAACGUCUCGGCCGGACACUAAGAGUUAAGAUGUGGCGGAGGGGGCGGCGGGGGAGGGGCGGGGAGGAGAAAGUGGCGAGCGGGAGGGAGGUGGCUUGGGGAGGGUAAGGGAGGGGGAACGACAGAUUUCCAGCUUCUACGACGCUCUGCCUAAAUUAAAAAGCAACCAAUCGGAACCGCCGGAAGGGGGGCCGCGCGUCCUGAGCCAGUCAUUCCGGGGCUGCCAGUCACCCAGCGGGUAGCCAAUCAGCGGGGGCCCCGGUGCUCGACUUCCUUGUGUUUGGGAAAGUGUGGUGGUGGGUGCGCGCUCGCGGCGGAGGGUAAACAUUCGACAGUCCCCACUCGGAGAGGGAGGGACAGAGAGAGGACUGUCAGAUCGGAGCCGAGCCGGCGGGCGAGAGAGGGAGAAAGAGAGAGAGAGAGAGGGAGGGAGAGGGAAGGAGCGAGGGAGAGCGCGCGAACCGGGGCGCACGGCGAGCUCCCCCGGCAACUCCGCUCCGGCACGGCCAGCGCGCGCGCCGUCGGUGCAGCCUCCGCGCCGUGCGUCGUGCCCACUGGAGUUGGUUGUGUAUCAAGGAUCCCCUAUAUGCACACACACACCUCCACCUCCACCAAUGCACUCUUCUUCUUCUUCUUCCUCCUCAUCCUCCUCCAGACCUCUGCUGGGAAAAAAAUAAAACACCAACCCCAACCGUCAGCAGCAAGGUAACAGAGAAACGCGACCUCGUGUUUUCGCCUGUGCAGCCUUUUCCUUGUUAUAUUUGCCUCCUACUCUCUGCCCAAAAGGAAAGAUGUCCCAUCAGACUGUGACUGUCGUGAGGAGAAUGAAAGAGGACUCUUGUUUCAGAGGCAACCGAGAGCUCCGGCAAUAGCAACUUCAGAGCAAUGCACCAGCGCGAGAAGUUUUCCUAGGACAGAGCAAAGUCGAGCCGAGAGGACCGGAGGGGGAGAGCGGGAGCCCGCGUCUCCGCUCGGCACGCGAGCGGCCAGCACCACCACGCCUUCAAGGACAAAAAAAGUUUUCCUCCUCCAAGGGGAGACGAGCGAAGGGCGUUCCCCAGGAGGCGGCGAGGAGCGGCCGAUCGUCCGUGCUGUGGUCCAGCAGAAAGGAGCGGCUUCUUUUCUUUGUUGCCUCCCGUGAAGUCGCCACUUAGCAGGUGGACCGGGCCCUGCGCCCCGGGCAGAGUCCGCGCUCGCCCGAGGACCGGAGGAGGAGGACCGCCGGUCGGUGCGCCCGGCCCGAAGAGCCCCGGCGCAGGCCCGCGCCCCUCCCGGAGGGCCCCGCUGGAGCGAGCCGCUCGCGCCGGGGCUGGGGGGCGGCCACGACCCCCCCUAAGGGGGGCGGCCACGGAGCGCGCCCCGCCGAGAAGCGAGCCCCCCUCCCCGGAGCGCGGCUCCUGCCGCGGCGGCUGCUGACCAAGGCCGGCCAACGACCCCCGCGCCCUGCCCAGCGGCCUUGCAGCUGCACCCGGCGGCCGCGGCGGCGGCGGCGGCGGCGGCGGCGGGGCCGGCGGGGGCCCGGGGCGGGGGCGGGGGCGGAGCGGGGGGAGGCGGCGGGAGGCGGGGGGGCGCGGCGGCGGCGGCGGCGGUGGCGGCGGUGGGGUGGCGGGAGCGGAGCGGCAUGGCCACGGCGGCUUCUAACCCCUACCUGCCGGGGAACAGCUUGCUAGCGGCCGGCUCCAUCGUCCACUCGGACGCGGCGGGGGCCGGCGGCGGCGGGGGCGGCGGGGCUGGGGGAGGGGGCGGCGGGGCUGGGGGCGGCGGGGGCGGCAUGCAGCCGGGCAGCGCGGCCGUGACCUCGGGCGCCUACCGAGGGGACCCGGCCUCCGUCAAGAUGGUGCAGAGCGACUUCAUGCAGGGGGCCAUGGCCGCCAGCAACGGUGGCCAUAUGCUGAGCCACGCGCACCAGUGGGUCACCGCGCUGCCCCACGCCGCCGCCGCCGCCGCGGCAGCAGCCGCCGCCGCCGUGGAGGCCAGCUCGCCGUGGUCUGGCAGCGCCGUGGGCAUGGCCGGCAGCCCCCAGCAGCCGCCGCCGCCGCCGCCGCCGCAGGGCCCCGACGUGAAGGGCGGCGCGGGGCGCGAGGACCUGCACGCGGGCACCGCCCUGCACCACCGCGGGCCCCCGCACCUCGGGCCGCCGCCGCCGCCGCCGCACCAGGGCCACCCCGGGGGCUGGGGGGCCGCUGCCGCCGCCGCCGCCGCCGCCGCUGCCGCCGCCGCCGCCGCGCAUCUCCCGUCCAUGGCCGGCGGCCAGCAGCCACCGCCGCAGAGUCUGCUUUACUCGCAGCCUGGGGGCUUCACGGUGAACGGCAUGCUGAGCGCGCCCCCCGGGCCCGGGCGGCGGGGCGGCGCGGGCGGCGCGGGCGGCGGUGGCGCGCAGAGCCUGGUGCACCCGGGGCUGGUGCGCGGGGACACGCCCGAGUUGGCCGAGCACCAUCACCACCACCACCACCACGCGCACCCGCACCCGCCGCACCCGCACCACGCGCAGGGGCCCCCCCACCACGGCGGCGGCGGCGGCGCGGGGCCCGGACUCAACAGCCACGACCCGCACUCGGACGAGGACACGCCGACGUCCGACGACCUGGAGCAGUUCGCCAAGCAGUUCAAGCAGCGGCGCAUCAAGCUGGGCUUCACGCAGGCCGACGUGGGGCUGGCACUGGGCACCCUGUAUGGCAACGUGUUCUCGCAGACUACCAUCUGCCGCUUCGAGGCCCUGCAGCUGAGCUUCAAGAACAUGUGCAAGCUCAAACCGCUGCUCAACAAGUGGCUGGAGGAGGCGGACUCGAGUACCGGCAGCCCCACGAGCAUCGACAAGAUAGCGGCACAGGGCCGCAAGCGCAAGAAGCGGACCUCCAUCGAGGUGAGCGUCAAGGGCGCACUGGAGAGCCACUUCCUCAAGUGCCCCAAGCCCUCUGCGCAGGAGAUCACAAACCUGGCCGACAGCCUGCAGCUCGAGAAGGAGGUGGUGCGGGUGUGGUUUUGCAACCGGAGGCAGAAGGAGAAGCGCAUGACGCCGCCCGGGAUCCAGCAGCAGACGCCCGACGACGUGUACUCGCAGGUGGGCCCGGUGAGCGCCGACACGCCGCCGCCGCACCACGGGCUGCAGACAAGCGUGCAGUGAAGGCCCGGGCGCCGCCGCUGUCACCCCCGCCGCCCCCGCUGCGCCCGGCCGGGCCGGGCCGGGCCGCCCUCCCCUCCGCCCAAAGACAGGCCUGCCCGCUCUCGGGGGAACGGAGAGGGGCGCACCGAGGAGACGCUGUUUGAAGUCCA